GCCGCGAGUUGUUUUGUCUGACAACUUUUUCAUUGUCAGCACAAAAUAGACUACGAGAGCCUACGACAUCUAGAGCGAAAAUAGCAACACAUUGGCGACCCCAACAGCUGUAGCCUACUACGCUACAGGGACAUUUAACUUGCAAGGCCAGGUCAGCAUCAGCCAGAGGGCGCUCAGUUUCAGAGGAUUUGCUUUUGGAGAGAGAAUCACGCAGUAUGUGAUUUGAGAGGAAUCCGAGAAACAGAGGUCGUUUAUAAUCGCAAUGGAAUCAAAUUAUGUUGUUUGAGUCACUUGCACUUGACUGGCUGAGUGCACAGCUAGGCUACUUAAUCGCGGUCUAACAGAGAAAGCGGGCUGCUGAUGGUUAAAGUUUGAGCCCAAUCAAAUCAUAGUCCAGACGAGGAGACAAAAAAGAGAAGAUCGUUGAAGAGGAUAAAAGCGUCUGGAAACCCUGUAUUGUAUUGUAUUUUCUUUGAACAGAUUCUGUUCACUUAAUUCAUUUUUGGUGAACAGUUCCCUGGUGUUUUUGUUGCAGUUGGGAGGAGGCACAUCGGAGAAAAAACGUGAUUUAUUUUGUUUCCAUGUAAGUAUUAGGCUAUUUUCGUCAUCACAGAAUAAGUGUUUUAAGUAAUUCGGCAUAAUCAGGGUUUUUCAUAGAAUGUAAUAAAAAAUAAUUGACUAGACCACACUCUCGCCUCUCCUUUGUUUACCGUAGGACAGCCUAUAGACCCCCAUGUGCACGACAUGCACAAGAAACAACUCCUAAACAACCCUUUAAACUUUAAAGUUACCUUUUUAAGACCGAAUAAUAUUGGUUAAUCGCGUUGUUGUUGUUUUCAUAAAUUUGUCGUGAACUCUACAGUUGAAUGACCGAGCCCACAGCAGUCAGACCUGUUUCUAUUGGCAGUGACCCAAUCUGGUAGAUUUGCAUCUGCCAGAUUUUUACAUUUGCAUAAUCCCUAACCAGGCACAAAAAUAUUUAAUUUUAUGCAUUCGUUUUAUUUAUUUAUUUCCCCCUGUAAAUGAUGUAUAACUCCUUCAUAAACCAUACUCUCCUUCAUGCUAUAUCCACAUAUCUAUGUGCUGAGAGCUCAUAUUUUACUAAGGAGGCUAAUUUUAGUAAAGAAAAAAGGGUUUGAUUACAUCCCUCUGCUUCCUACAACUGACAUCUGUUACUGGUUGAGGUAUCAUUGCCUCUGAAAAUAGCAGCAAACAGGAAAUUGCUCACACACUGAAGGUAAGUCUGGCAAUUAAAUGUGACCUGUAUUAACUGACUGGCAAAUGGCAGUGCAUGAGUGACGAUGUGCCAAGAGGAGAUUGUCUUUGCCAAUUCAGGAAAAGUUAGUGGUCAGACUGAGAAGAAAUAGCGUCUGCCAUUUGAGAGGGACUCAAUCAGAAUGUGUAUAGAGUUGUACAGUGAAAUCGUGGCCCUUUUAUGCAGAAACAGACUGGUCUGUCUAGCACCCAGGCUAGAGUAAACCCAGUGCAGGAGCCAGUAUCCAUAUACUCAGCUAGAGUAUGUUCUCAAGUUUGUCACUGUCAUCUUAUUAUGGGGGUGGUGGUGAUGAUGAGGAAGUCAUGCGUGUCGAUGUCUUUUCAGGUUCAUGUGUGAUGUCAUAAAGAUGGGACGCAGUGGAGCGGGAAGCAAAGCUGGUGCCGGCGGCUGACAGGCCCCUCCAGCGGCCAAUCAGGAUGCAUGUCUCCUCGAUGGGUGUCAGCAAGCUAUGCUUCCUGUUCUCCCUGGCCCUCUGUGCCCUCCUCCUGCUCCUCAUCCCCGCCCUCCAGCCCUCACAGCAUCAGGGGGACCUGCCCCAGCCCCGGGCCCACACCAAGCCUGCCCGGGCGGGCACAGGCGCCGGCAAACCCUCCCAGCGCCCUGGAGGUCUGGUGGUCCCUCUCCAGGCAGAUGUGGGGAAAGUGACAGUGACAGUGGGGCGUAAUGCGAUUGAUGGUGGCUCUAUGGGGCAGGGCACAACCAGAGAGACCAAGAGGACUGGGGAUGGGGACUGGGUGUAUACAGCUGGUCGAGGUGACACCCAGGGCACUGGGAAGCAUACAGACUCUCAGACAGGGCCAAAGGAGGACUUCCUCCAUAGAGCUGGGGGUGUGGCGGGGGCUGGAGGGUCUCGGUCCAGGACCCCUCUGGAGCUGAAAGACAUUUUCAUAGCGGUGAAGACCACCAAGAAGUACCACAAGUCCAGACUGGAUCUGCUGUUCCAGACCUGGGUGUCCAAAGCCAAAGAACAGGUAGGGAGGAACACAAACGCAUACACACACACACACACACACACACACACACACACACUGAAGACCGAACUUGGCAGUGGUUAAGAUGCAGCCAAUGGCUCUGGAUGAGGGUAUUUGUUAACCCCCCAAGGUUAUGUUUUGUCUACAGGGUAGAUCAUCUCCUUUGUCUUGUACUGUUACCAAGUCCUCCAGACAGGGCAUGUUUCUAAAGUACACAAGGACAGCUUCCCCUCUCUCUGUUCUCCAAGCAGCUGUAGUAACAGUAAAGAGUGAACAUCAUUUCUAGCACCAUGGGCUGCAUGUCACUGAACUACACUGCAGGUCCAUUUCUCUGAAGACUUUACUGUACUCCUUCAACAAGGUUUUGAUUAUCAUAUAGAACAUGGAUGUGAAGGAAAUGUGCUGCUAUGGCGAAUUAUGGUCUAAGAUUCUAUCCCAGUGAACACACGAUUUUGAAAAUAUGUGUUUUCAACAUCUUUCCAAUGUCUUCAUGUGCUCAUAGGGCUGGUUUUAGCCAUAGGGUGGCAGGUAGCCUAGCGGUUAGAGCGUUGGGCCAGUAACCGACAGGUCGCUGGUUCGAAUACCCCAGCCGACAAGGUGAAAAAUCUGUCGACGUGCCCUUGAGCAAGGCACAGCCUAUCCCUUCAAUCACACAGCCUAUCCCUACUAUGGCUGACCCUUUAAAACAACACAUUUCACUGCACCUAUCUAAUUCAAAAAUAUAUAUUUUUUGCCAACACUGCAGAUUCAUGCCCCCAUGCUGGCCCACAUAUGGGUUUCCUACUGCUAUUACAAAAGUAGGGAUAUCUGGGACAGUGUAGAUACCCAGUCCACUCCCUGUCAGCACAGCGCUCAAGCACUUGGAACUCGUCUCAGAAAAACAUCUCAACCAUUAAAUAAACAACUUCUCCCCCCUUGGCAAGAGUAUCAGCUCCUGUGGUUCAGAAUGACGAGAAGUGCUUCAAGAGCAUAAAGGCCAUUUGGAAUCAAUUGACUCCUUGGAUCGGGUUCUAUAACGAUUUUAACAAACCACAUGCGUAACUCAUCUUGAAUUGACGCCAAGCCAUCUUAUUGGCUCUUACGCCAGUCUCUGUUGGUCUUGUGGUUGUUUGGUGUGUUAUUGUUCCCUUACCUGCAUGGUUAGAAUCCUCCACUAAAGCAAUGGGAGAUUAUAACUGUUGAUGUUCAGUGGAGCCAUAAAGUAAAACUGAAACAGAUUCUCUGAGAAGAGAAGUCCAUGUCUUCUCCACCCCUCAUAACCUCAGCCACUAUGGGCCCAAUCCCCAAUCCUAACAUAUUGUCCCAUCAAUACAUGAUUAAUGCUUAAGUUUGCGUUACCUGUAUCUCAAGUUGGGAUUCAGUGAUCUGUAUAUACAGGACCAUAGUGAGACACAGACGCUGGAGUAGAGAGUAGUAGUGUGCUUAAGGAGAGAACAGAUGUACAGAAGGAGAGAACAGAUGUUCUACACAGUGUCUUGCUGGCCGUAGUGUGUGUGUGUGUGUGUGGACCCAUUGUGGCCAGGGGACAUGAAAAGGUUAAGCACAUGACGGCUUGUGUGUGCAGGAAGGGUGGAAAGGCAUGGCAGCUUCUGGUUGCAUGCCCUGUGUGUACCUCAGUAUGUGCAGCGUGGGGAAGCGUGCGCUCGUGUGUGUGGUGGUAGAUCCUGGGCCCCCAGAGGGAAGAAGUUCCUGAGCAACCAGAGACUAGAGGAGAGCAGGAGACGUGUGCAGGAGGAACACACUGCUGUGCUUGCUCUCUCUCUCUGUGCAGGAAUUUCUGCCCACUACCCCCCCCCCCCCCUUUAGAAGGCUGGAGGGCAGGGGGAAUCUGUGGGAGCAAGGUUGGGUGAACUGGGAAGAAAGGGGGUGGGUGGGGGGGCAGAGAUUCCAGAGAGAGAGCAAACACAGCAGUGUGUUCCUCCUGCACACGUCUCCUGCUCUCCUGUAGUCUCUGGUUGCUCAGGAACUUCCUCCUUCUGGGGGCCCAGGGUCUACCACUACAGGAGGAAUGAGAAAGUGUUUAGGGGAUAAGUCAGAGGGAGGGAGGGGAAAGGGGGGAGAAUCCUCUGGUGUAAUCCCUCUCCAAACACAGGGGCCUCUAUGGAAGGCUGUAGAAUAUAGAUCAACAGUCCCCACCCAGGGAUCUAUGGGAGGCUGUAGAAUAUAGAUCAACAGUUCCCACCCAGGGAUCUAUGGGAGGCUGUAGAAUAUAGAUCAACAGUCCCCACCCAGGGAUCUAUGGGAGGCUGUAGAAUAUAGAUCAACAGUCCCCACCCAGGGAUCUAUGGGAGGCUGUAGAAUAUAGAUCAACAGUCCCCACCCAGGGAUCUAUGGGAGGCUGUAGAAUAUAGAUCAACAGUCCCCACCCAGGGAUCUAUGGGAGGCUGUAGAAUAUAGAUCAACAGUCCCCACCCAGGGAUCUAUGGGAGGCUGUAGAAUAUAGAUCAACAGUCCCCACCCAGGGAUCUAUGGGAGGCUGUAGAAUAUAGAUCAACAGUCCCCACCCAGGGAUCUAUGGGAGGCUGUAGAAUAUAGAUCAACAGUUCCCACCCAGGGAUCUAUGGAAGACUGUAGAAUAUAGAUCAACAGUCCCACCCAGGGAUCUAUGGAGCUGUAGAAAUAAUCACAGUCCCCCCCAGAUUAUGGAGCUGUAGAUAAGAUCAACAGUCCCCACCCAGGGAUCUAUGGGAGGCUGUAGAAUAUAGAUCAACAGUUCCCACCCAGGGAUCUAUGGAAGACUGUAGAAUAUAGAUCAACAGUCCCCACCCAGGGAUCUAUGGGAGGCUGUAGAAUAUAGAUCAACAGUCCCCACCCAGGGAUCUAUGGGAGGCUGUAGAAUAUAGAUCAACAGUCCCACCCAGGGCAUCUAUGGAAGCUGUAGAAUAUAGAUCAACAGUUCCCACCCAGGGAUCUAUGGAAGGCUGUAGAAUAUAGAUCAACAGUCCCCACCCAGGGAUCUAUGGGAGGCUGUAGAACAGGGCUGGGCAACUCCAGUCCUUGGGGUCCUGAUUAGUGUCGCACUUUUGCCCCAGCCCCAGCUAACACACCUGACUCCAAUAAUCAACGGGAGGCUGUAGAAUAUAUUCUAGAUCAACAGGCUAAAGAGCACAGCUGGGGAGAACUGUGUCAUAGGGUAGAACCAUAACCUAGUCUAUUAUAGAAAGAUCCCCAUGUGUUAAAUAGUGUGUAGCGUAUAAUUUAAGGGAUAGGCUCUGUGAGUGAAGGGAUAGGCUCUGUGAGUGAAGGGAUAGGUUGUGUGAGUGAAGGGAUAGGUUGUGUGAGUGAAGGGAUAGGUUGUGUGAGUGAAGGGAUAGGUUGUGUGAGUGAAGGGAUAGGUUGUGUGAGUGAAGGGAUAGGUUGUGUGAGUGAAGUGAUAGGUUGUGUGAGUGAAGGGAUAGGUUGUGUGAGUGAAGUGAUAGGUUGUGUGAGUGAAGGGAUAGGCUACUUCAUACUCUUUUUCAAUAGCCAACGUACGUCACAUAUUAACAUACUUUCACACUUAUGCUUAUUUCACAUGGCCGAACACUUUUUAAACGCACUGCAUCUUGAAACGCACAUAAAAUACACUUCACAACUAUUCUAAUGUUUUAUGCCAGCACACCUUUGCACUGCUUGAGUAAACAGGGAUGUUAGCACAGCCACUGAAGUUUAAGGACCAAUCAGAGACAGAUGUGCGUCACAAAUAGCAUUCUUAUGGACCCUAGGGGCCCUGGUGUACUAUACUGUAUGUGUAGUAUAUAGGGCAAGGGUACUCAAGUACUAUUUGAGAAGGUCUGGUCACACAGAUUUCCUAGGUGGUAAAGGUCCGGAUGGACAAUGUCAUUUAUCGGUGUAGUAACAAACCCCCACCUCGCAACCCAUGUGACCCCAAACUGUUCACACAACUCUUGUUGGCGGAGAGAACAUGUUGCCGUUUUUAAAGCUAAUUUCCUGCAAUUCUACACAUUUUCCCAUGUCUUAUGUGUGUUUAAAUGAUACCAGGGGUCGAAGCCCGACUGGGUCCGGAACGCUGUCCGCCAGUUGAGUAUGGGGGAUAUAGGGAAUAGGGUGCCAUUUUGAAUCGGAGAUAAAUGUGACUGUGGUUAAUAUCCUUGGUCUGUUCUAGGCCUAUAAAACAGAUUAGCAGUGAGGCCCUUCAACACAAAGAGUUCCAGUGUUCAGCUGCACGUUAACAGGACCAAACACACUGGCCCAAUUUGCUCAGGAACUAACGUCACAGCUCAAUUUGUGUUGACAUAAAAAUACCCCAUCUCCCAGGCAGCUCCAGGGGUGUCCCACUCUAUUCCCUGUAUAAUGCACUACAGGCCCAGGUCAAAAGUAAUGCACUAUAUAGGAAAUGUGGUGCAAUUUGGGAUACAGACCUGGAGCUGCCUGGGAGAUAGGGUAUUUUUAUGUCAACACAAAUUGAGCUGUGUUCAAAGACCGCAUUGUGCCACAGUCCCAUUGUGUGUGUACUUUCUAAUGGCCACCUGCACAACUAUUUACUGAAAGGCUAGUGCUGUUCUCCAAGUGUGACCACCGCUACUGUCCUGACCAUUGGCUCAGAUGGGUAUAGGGCCUAGUUCUCACAGUCUGUAGGUCAACAAGGUUGAGCCACUCUAAGGAACAUUUAAUGAGCAUCAGUUAAGAGCAGCAGCUGGGUAGUUCCACUCAUUUAUAAAUCAUAUGGAUGUGUCAGGCUCAUCAGUUGUUUUACUGUUUGGAAAUCAAGAGUGUUUAAAGAGUAGUGGGAUCUACAGACAGACAGGCCUCUGAUUGGUGUCUGGGGUCAAAUAGAAUGGGGCUUUCAACAGUCAGUCUGGCUCAUGUGGGGUUUAUAGAGUAGUAUGAAGUUGCUCCGACUUCCAAGACACUGAUCUAAGGUCAGUUUAGUGUUUUCCUCACUAAUGGUUAAGGUUAGGAAUAAUGGUGGGCUGAUCCUAGAUCUGUGACCACGGGCAACAUCUACCUGGAGCAGAGUUUAAAGGAUGCCUGCUGGGUUUAUUUGGGCCUGUUAAAACCCUAUGAGAGGGGAGUCAGUGAGAGCACAGAGCAGCCAUUUCUCUUUAGCUCCCGUCUUGCUCAGUGAACACGAGGCUAACCUUCUCUCCGUAUAUGUGGGGGGAUUUCUCUGGAAAAAAAUAAGAAGAAAUGGAACCACACUGAGUCACAGCUUUAGUCUCUGAGUCUUUCAAAUGUGGAAACUAUUCUAGGAAUCCUUCUACAGUGUUCAUAAUAGAGCUGUUGGAAAAUGACUUGAGGGAGGGAGGGAAGAUGCUGUAGAUUGAAGGGAUUGGAGGCUUUCUACUGCACGGUGUAGCAACUUUGAAUGAACUAGAGUAGAACCAGGGUAUCAUGAAAUGUUUAAACAAGAUGUUAUCACGUUUGUCGUGCGUGCCUGUUGGUGCAUUUGUUUGUUUCAAUAGCCUGUCAGAGAAUUUACACCAUCUACAGUACCAGUCAAAAGUUUGGACACACCUACUCAUUCCAGGGUUCGUAGAAUAAUAGUGAAGACAUCAAAACUAUGAAAUAACACAUUUGGAAUCAUGUAGUAACCAAAAAAGUGUUAAACAAAUCAAAAUAUAUUUUAUAUUUGAGAUUCUUUAAAGUAGCCACCCUUUGCCUUGAUGACAGCUUUGCACACUCUUGGCAUUCUCUCAUACAGCUUCAUGAGGUAGUCACCUUGAAUGCAUUUCAAUUAACAGGUGUGCCUUGUUAAAAGUGAAUUUGUGGAAUUUAUUUCCUUCUUAAUGCAUUUGAGCCAAUCAGUUGUGUUGUGACAAGGUUGGGGUGAUAUACAGAAAAUAGCCCUAUUUGGUAAAAGACCAAGUCCAUAUUAUGUCAAGAACAGCUCAAAUAAGCAAAGAGAAAUGACAGUCCAUCAUUACUUUAAGACAUGAAGGUCAGUCAAUCUGGAACAUUUCAAGAACUUUGAAAGUUUCUUCAAGUGUAGUCGCAAAAACCAUCAAGCGCUAUGAUGAAACUGGCUCUCAUGAGGACCGCCACAGGAAAGGAAGACCCAGAGUUACCUCUGCUGCAGAGGAUAAGUUAAUUAGUUACCAGCCUCAGAAAUUGCAGCCCAAAUAAAUGCUUCACAGAGUUCAAGUAACAGACACUAUGUCACAUACACGUGUUUAGCAGAUGUUAUAGAGGGUGUAGCGAAAUGCUUGUGCUUCUAGCGCCGACAGUGCAGUAAUAUCUAACAAUUUCACAACAUAUACCCAAUACACACAAAAAAGUAAGGAAUGGGAUUUAAGAAUAUAUACAUAUAUGGACAAGCAAUGACAGAGCGGCAUGGACUAAGAUACAGAAGAACAUUAUAGAAUAGAAUGCAGUAUAUACAUAUGAGAUGAGUAGUGCAAGAUAUGUAAACAUUAUUAAAGUGAAUAGUGUUCCAUUUCUUAAAGUGGCCAGUGAUUUCAAUAGGCAGCAGCAGCCUCUAAUGUGCUAGUGAUGGCUAUUUAACAGUCUAAUGGUCUUGAGAUAGAAGCUGUUUUUCAUUCUCUCGGUCCCAGCUUUGAUGCACCUGUACUGACCUCACCUUCUGGAGGAUAGCGGGGUGAACAGGCAGUGGCUCAGGUGGUUGAUGUCCUUGAUGAUCUUUUUGGCCUUCCUGUGACAUCGGGUGCUGUAUGUGUCUUGGAGGGCGGGUAGUUUGCCCCCGGAAAUGCGUUCGACAGACCGCACCACCCUCUGGAGAGCCCUGCGGUUGUGGGCGGUGCAGUUGCCGUACCGGCGGUGAUACAGCCCGACAGGAUGCUCUCAAUUGUGCAUCUGUAAAAGUUUGUUCAGAGGAGACUGCGUGAAUCAGGCCUUCAUGGUCGAAUUGCUGCAAAGUAACCACUAAUAAAAAGAAGGACACCAAUAAGAAGAAGAGACUUGCUUGGGCCAAGAGCAAUGGACGAGCAAUGGACAUUAGACUGGUGGAAAUCUGUCCUUUGGUCUGAUGAGUCCAAAUUUGAGAUUUUUGGUUCCAACCGUCAUGUCUUUGUGAGACACAGAGUAGGUGAACAGAUGAUCUCCGCAUGUGUGGUUCCCACGAUGAAGCAUGGAGGAGGAGGUGUGAUGGUGUGGGGGGGCUUUGCUGGUGACACUGUCGUUGAUUUAUUUAGAAUUCAAGGCACACUUAACCAGCAUGGCUACCACAGCAUUCUGCAGCGAUACGCCAUCCCAUCUGGUUUACGCUUAGUGGGACUAUCAUUUGUUUUUCAACAGGACAAUGACCCAAAACACACCUCCAGGCUGUGUAAGGGCUAUUUGACCAAGAAGGAGAGUGAUGGAGUGCUGCAUCAGAUGACCUGGCCUCAACAAUCACCCGACCUCAACCCAAUUAAGAUGGUUUGGGAUUAAUUGGGCCGCAGAGUGAAGGAAAAGCAGCCAACAAGUGCUCAGCAUAUGUGGGAACUCCUUCAAGACUGUUGGAAAAGCAUUCCUCAUGAAGCUGGUUGAGAGAAUGCCAAGAGUGUGCAAAGCUGUCAAGGCAAAGGGUGGCUACUUUGAAAAAUUUAAAAUAUAUUUUGAUUUGUUUAACACUUCUUUGGUUACUACAUGAUUCCAUAUGUGUUAUUUCAUAGUUUUGAUGUCUUCACUAUUAUUCUACAAUGUAGAAAAUAGUACAAAUAAAGAAAAACCCUUGAAUGAGUAGGUGUGUCCAAACUUUUGACUGGUACUGUACAUUAAUAUACAGUGAGCCAGAAUAGCCCCAGGCUGGUAGGUUGUUGUAACAUGGUAGCAAUCUGUUUAAAACUUUGAAAAACACAAAAAGAAAGAAACCACACUGCCUCCGGGCCCUGGCAACCACACUGCUGUCCAGGCCAUUUAUGCCCCGCUGGCUGGCCAGGGAUCUGCUGGGUUGCCAGGGUGACUGGGUCCUCCCCUCUUUGAUCAGGGAAGGUCUUUGUUUGCCUGGCAUGGUCUGGCUCGUCCUGCAGGGGUAUUAUGUGUGUGUGUGUGUCACAUGCCUGUGGUGACCUGUGUAAUUUUCCACCAGUCCUGGCACGGAUGCCCAGCAUCUCCCAGGGCACACAGGAAAGAGAGGGCAUGCCACCGGGCACGAGGCAGGGAGGAGACGACUUGAGGAUAAAAGAAGGGGGGAUGAAGGACAGGAGGGAGGAGGACCGAGGGAAGGGAGAAAGAUGAAAAGGGGACAGAGGGAUAGAAAGAGAGGGCAUGCAACUGGGCACGAGGCAGGCAGGCAGCAGGGAGGGAGAAAUUAAAUGACAGGAGGAAGGGAGGGGUAAUGGACAAUAGAGAGAGAGAGAGAGAGAGAGCAGACCUGGCUCUCAAGAGAAGAUAGGCUAUGUGCACACUGCCCACAAAAUGAGGUGGAAACUGAGCUGCACUUAACCUCCUGCCAAAUGUAUGACCAUAUUAGAGACACAUAUUUCCCUCAGAUUACAGAGAUCCACAAAGAAUUCGAAAACAAACCCAAUUUUGAUAAACUCCCUUAUCUACUGGAUGAAAAACCAGUGUGCCAUCACAGCAGCAAGAUUUGUGACCUGUUGCCUCAAGAAAAGGGCAACCAGUGAAGAACAAACACCAUUAUAAAUACAACCCAUAUUUAUGUUUAUUUAUUUUCCCUUUUGUACUUUAACUAUUUGCACAUUGUUACAACACUGUAUAUAUACAUAAUAUGACAUGAAAUGUCUUUAUUCUUUUGGAAGUUCUGAGUGUAAUGUGUACUGUUAAUAUUUAUUGUUUAUUUCACUUUUGUUUACUAUCUACUUCACUUGCUUUGGCAAUGUUAACAUACCGUUUCGAGGAGAGAGAGAGAGAGAGAGAGAGAGGAGAUAGAGAGAGAGAUAGAGAGAGAUAAGAGAGAGAGAGAGAGAGACGAGGAUGAUAGUGAGAGUAGAGAGAGAGCUCGAUCUAUCUUAUAGAGGAGAGAGAUAGAGAGAGAUAUCUUAUCUCUGCUCGCUACUCCUCUCUCUCCCUCCGUCUAUCUCGCUCUCUAUCUCCUCUCCUAUCUCUCUCUCUCGCUCUCUAGUCUAGCUAUCGCUCUAUCUAUUCCGCCCCCUCUGUCUGAGAUCUAGCCAGGUCCUAGCAUUUGUAACGGUCAGGAGUAGGCUUGAGUUGGUCCAGGGAGAAUCCUGGCCCAGUAUUGUUUGAGUUAGCAUAGUCUGGUUAUUGUUUUACCCAACUACUUCACUCCAUGAAUCAGCAGUAUAGGUCUAGGACAUGGAGGCCUGCUUGUGCAAGCCACAUUUUUAAUCUCUCUUCCCUCUCCUCUCUCUUUUGCUCUCUGCCUGGUUGUGCAAGCCACAUUUUUAAUCUCUCUUCCCUCUCCCCCUCUCCUCUCUCUUUUGCUCUCUCUUUUGUUCUCUCGUUCUCUCUCUUUUGCUCUCUCUUUCGUGUGUGUUUGGGGGGGGUAUAUGCGUGGAAACAAACUUAGUGUUAACAACAUCUCUCUCUGUGUUUGUCUCCUCAAGACCUUUAUAUUCACUGAUGGGGAGGAUAAGGAGCUGAGGAGGAGAGCAGGUAAGACAAUACUCUUCCAGAGGUGGAUAAUGGGAGUACAAAUAGGAGGGCAAUUAUUGCGUCACUGUACCUUUUUUAAAUGUAACGAUUUUGUCAAAUGUGAAUGGAGUUCUUAGAAAGACUUAUAUGUUAUCAGGCAUAUGCGUAUUUGAUACUGUCAUAACUGUCUCAGUAGUAAGAUAAGUAGACUCAACAUCCCUUCUCCUUUCUCUCAGGGGCUAACGUCGUCAACACCAACUGUUCAGCAGCACACACACGGCAGGCCCUGUGCUGUAAAAUGUCUGUGGAAUACGACAAGUUCAUCGAGUCGCAGAGGAAGUGAGUCUUCAGUCACACCUUACUUCCUGCUAUUCACCAUCACAAUUGCAUGCUAAGAACAUAACUAUAGAUUAAGUUCUUUAUUAUUUGGCCAAUAAGAAGCCAAUUCAGAAUAAGUUAGUUUGUUCUCCUGCCCUGAUCAGAGAGACCUGAAGUAGUCCCUCUUGCUUGGUGGUUAAGAUGCUGCCUUUGUCAAGACUACUGAGCCUCUCAGUUUCAGGAGACUGCCUGUUUUGUUUAAAGAAAUAUUGCUCUUUCUUUACUGCUGAGAAGAGGAAAGGCCUAUUUUGAGAAUACAUCUCACACAUAAACUCAGCAAAAAAAGAAACGUCCUCUCACUGUCAACUGCGUUUAUUUUCAGCAAACUUAACAUGUGUAAAUAUUUGUAUGAACAUAACAAGAUUCAACAACUGAGACAUAAACUGAACAAGUUCCACAGACAUGUGACUAACAUAAAUUGAAUAAUGUGUCCCUGAACAAAGGGGGGGUCAAAAUCAAAAGUAACAGUCAGUAUCUGGUGUGGCCACCAGCUGCAUUAAGUACUGCAGUGCAUCUCCUCCUCAUGGACUGCACCAGAUUUGCCAGUUCUUGCUGUGAGAUGUUACCCCACUCUUCCACCAAGGCACCUGCAGGUUCCCUGACAUUUCUGGGGGGAAUGGCCCUAGCCCUCACCCUCCAAUCCAACAGGCUCCAGACGUGCUCAAUGGGAUUGAGAUCGGGGCUCUUCCCUGGCCAUGGCAGAACACUGACAUUCCUGUCUUGCAGGAAAUCACGCACAGAACGAGCAAUAUGGCUGGUGGCAUUGUCAUGCUGGAGGGUCAUGUCAGGAUGAGCCUGCAGGAAGGGUACCACAUGAGGGAGGAGGAUGUCUUCCCUGUAACGCACAGCGUUGAGAUUGCCUGCAAUGACAACAAGCUCAGUCCGAUGAUGCUGUGACACACCGCCCCAGACCAUGACGGACCCUCCACCUCCAAAUCGAUCCCGCUCCAGAGUACAGGCCUCGGUGUAACGCUUAUUCCUUUGACGAUAAACGCGAAUCCGACCAUCACCCCUGGUGAGACAAAACCGUGACUCGUCAGUGAAGAGCACUUUUUUCCAGUCCUGUCUGGUCCAGCGACGGUGGGUUUGUGCCCAUAGGCGACGUUGUUGCCGGUGAUGUCUGGUGAGGACCUGCCUUACAACAGGCCUACAAGCCCUCAGUCCAGCCUCUCUCAGCCUAUUGCGUACAGUCUGAGCACUGAUGGAGGGAUUGUGCGUUCCUGGUGUAACUCGGGCAGUUGUUGUUGCCACCCUGUACCUGUCCUGCAGGCAGGUAGCUUAGUGGGUAAGAGCGUUGUGCCAGUAACCGAAAGGUCGCUGGUUCUAAUCCCCGAGCCGACUAGGUGAAAAAUCUGUCGAUGUGCCCUUGAGCAAGGCACUUAACCCUAAUUGCUCCUGUAAGUCGCUCUGGAUAAGAGCGUCUGCUAAAUGACUUAAAUGUUAAUGUUAAAUGUAUUAUGUUCGGAUGUACCGAUCCUGUGCAGGUGUUGUUACACGUGGUCUACCACUGCGAGGACGAUCAGCUGUCUGUCCUGUCUCCCUGUAGCGCCGUCUUAGGCGUCUCACAGUACAGACGUUGCAAUUUAUUGCCCUGGCCACAUAUGCAGUCCCCAUGCCUCCUUGCAGCAUGCCUAAGGCACGUUCACGCAGAUGAGCAGGGACCCUGGGUAUCUUUCUUUUGGUGUUUUUCAAAGUCAGUAGAAAGGCCUCUUUAGUGUCCUACGUUUUCAUAACUGUGACCUUAAUUGCCUACCAUCUGUAAGCUGUUAGUUUCUUAAUGACCGUUCCACAGGUGCAUGUUCAUUAAUUGUUUAUGGUUCAUUGAACAAGCAUGGGAAACAGUGUUUAAACCCUUUACAAUGAAGAUCUGUGAAGUUGUUUGGAUUUUUACUAAUUAUCUUUGAAAUACUUUUUUUGCUGAGUUUGUCUUAGAUUCUCUGUGUGUUUAGUUAAGGAGGUCAACAGAUGGAUAGGACUGUAUGUCUUCACUUACAGUAGCUCUGGCAAGCACAGAUUGUAGGAACACACUGGCCUAUUUGAAAACAUUCCAAAGAACGCCAUCAUUGGCUUGAUAAUGUGAUGAUAACAACACCUUAACAUGUCAGUAACGCUUAAUAAAAUGUAUUUACAAUAACUGUUUUUCUGUAAUAACUUGCAUCUCUCUCUCUCCCCCCUCCCUCCCUUUCUAUUCUCUCUCCUCCUCCUCCCAGGUGGUUCUGCCAUAUGGAUGAUGAUAACUAUGUGAUUGUACCCAGUCUGCUGAAGCUGCUGUCCUCCUACCACCACACCCAGGAUGUUUACCUGGGCCGGCCCAGCCUCGACCACCCCAUAGAGGCUGCAGAGAGGGUCAAGAGUGACGGAUCUGUGAGUAUUCCCUGUCAGUUUGUCUGUCUCUUUCUCCAUGCCAUCCUUCCCUCUCGCUCCAUCCCUUCCAUCUCGGGCGUUGUGUCUAUGCCUCCCUUCCUGUCUCUCUCUUUAUCUCUCUCCCUUUCUGUCUCUUACUCCUUACCUCUGACCCUUGUUUUCUUCUCCCAGGUGUCAGUGAAGUUCUGGUUUGCUACAGGAGGAGCAGGGUUCUGUAUCAGUCGUGGUCUGGCCCUCAAGAUGAGUCCAUGGGCUAGGUGAGUUUGAACAGUUCAACACUCUCAAUGUUCUUCAGAUGCACAUAUUAUUGUAGCUAUUAAGCAAAACUGUUUUGAGUCUCUCUCUCUCUCUCGCUCUCUCUCGCUCUCUCUCCUCUCUCUCUCUCUCUCUCCUCUCUCUCUCUCUCUCUCUCUCUCUCCUCUCUCUCUCUCUAGUCUGGGGAACUUCAUCAGCACAGCGGAGAAGAUCCGUCUCCCUGACGACUGCACCAUCGGUUACAUAAUUGAGGCGCUGCUGGAGGUGAUGCUGACCCACACACACCUCUUCCACUCCCACCUGGAGAACCUGCAGAGGCUGCCCACAGACACCGUGCUGGAGCAGGUAAGGGUGGGGGGCUGUAUCUGUCUUUGUGAGAGAGAGAUUGUCUACACACAAGUGUGUGGGUGAAAGAGAGGGAGAUGGAAAGAAAGAGACAAACCCUACUUUGUUUUUUGUCUGUGAUGUAUACAACAGCUACCAAUUGUUUUGCGUGUGUGUGUCUAGGUCACUCUGAGCUACGGUGGUUUUGAGAACAGGAGGAAUGUGGUCAGCAUUGGAGGAGCCUUUUCUCUGGUGGAGGACCCCUCACGGUAAGCAGACAUUAACCCAACAUCCAUCCAACAUCCACCCAACAUUGUCAUGUACAAGACAAUUACAUGACACUGGUUUACUAAACCUCUGCCUCAGUGUAAAGUUUGCUCUAGCUGAAUUGUGAAUUACAUGUAAAUGGUUAUCACCUCUCUCUCCACCAACUAUUUCCUCUGUCUUGCCAUCGCUCAUCUCGCCCUCUCUCUUCAUCCAUCUGCCCCCUCUCUCUUCCUCCCCUCUCUUUCUGUCUCUCUCUCCAGGUUUAAGACUGUCCACUGCCUCCUCUACCCAGAGACCGACUGGUGUCCUAGUAAGGGUCACCAU